AUGUCUGAAGCGGCCUUCUUUUAUAACACCACGGUCCAAAAGCCUGAUCGUUCCAAACCGCCAUCAGCACAUACAAAUAUCUCAGUACAUUCACAAGCACAACCCGUGAGACUAUUUUCCAAAGGCAGAUCCAGAUCCCAAUCCAAAUCCAAUUCACAGAGAAUUGAACUGUUAUCACAAUUAGAUUCCGACCAUCCAGUUCCACCACUAAAUCUACAACAAAUUCACUCCUCUCCUCCCACUCUUGUUAGAACGCCUACAUCUCGAGGCGAUAAUCAUAAGAAUAACGAUCCAUUUUCCGAGGUAUUGAUCAACACGAAGACUGCAACUAGCUUGACUUCGACUUCGGGUGUUGUGGGUGUGGGUAUGCUAUCAACCCCUUUAAUCGAUUACAAACACUCCGCAAAUCAAACCAACAAAGCCCGGGCCGCUUCAGAAGCGAAAGCAAAGCGCAAAUCAUCAUCAACUUCGGGUCAUUCUUCUCACAGCAUCAAAAAUGCAAGCGGAGUGGAACGGUAUGCCUCCACCAAUUCCGCCGUCCACCAGCAGAGAGGAGCUUCCGAUUCCGCAGGAAGAUCAAAUAGUAUUUCAAGUACCACUGGUUCGAGUUCCAUUUCGAAAAUAAAUUCAUUGGAGAGAGAUCGUGAUCGUGAUCGUGAUCCAUUUGGAUCAUCAUCACCAGAAGCUCUAAUGGCACAACCAUUUACGAAACGAAAUGGUCGCCGAUACCUACGAGAUCCUUCAUUGGCAUAUCCCCUACCAUGCGAUCUUCCAGAAAUUCAUCGGCAGACUUUACGAACCAUGUUAUUAUGUCAAGUUUUCAACGGUCCCACAUGUUCAUCAGCUUUCAACAAUCGUCCUCCCAAACGAGUACUCGAAAUUGCUUGCGGCACAGGCUUUUGGAGUGUAAUGUGCCAUAAACAUUUUUCGCACAAAGGCCAUUCUUCGAUACAAUUCACGGGUAUUGAUAUCGCACCGCUAGCUCCUCGUAUGGAUGCAGACGAUGAUAUGAAUUGGCGGUUUGUUCAGCACGACCUAAGGAAGACGCCUCUCCCUUUUCGCGACGAAGAAUUCUCCCUCAUUAUGGUCAAGGACUUUAGCAUGGCACAAUCUACAAAAGACAAUCCGCAACCUUUGAUGGAUGAAUAUCUACGAAUCUUAAAACCUGGAGGCGUAUUGGAAAUAUGGGACGGCGAUCAUACUAUUCGAAUGCUCUUAUCACACGCACCACCAGCUGCAAAGGACAAAGAUAAUUCUGUUCAGGCUCACAAACAAAUACACACUAAUGCAAUGGGUGCAUACACCAUAACACCACAAACACCGUUAGCAACACCACAAAAUCAAUAUCUCAUAGACUACAAUACAUGGAUAUCCAAGGCCCUCGACACUCGGGAUUUACCCACUAUGCCAUGUACCAGUAUUCGACCCAUGCUUCUCCAAGAAGCCGCAGUCCUCGAACAAAUCGAAAGUCGAAGGUUAGCAAUUCCCCUUGGUGAAGUACGUUGGGAACGUGAAGGAGUCGGUGGAUCUGCCACCUCCCUUAACGGACUUCAUGAAUCGAAAGGGAAAGCUAAAGAAAUUGAUCGUAAACACCUUACACCGGGACAAGCGGCUCUUCGCAGAACAGCAUUAAUGAGCAUUAUACAAAUGAUUGAGAGUUUAGAACCAUUACUGAAAGAAGCGAGUGGAAAAAGUAUGGAUGAAUGGGAUCGUUGGUGUGGGAAUUUGAUGACGGAUUUGUUGAAGAAUAAUGGAACAUCUUGGGGAGAAUGUUUGGAAGUCGGUGCUUGGUGGGCAAAGAAAAAGGAUCCAAAGUCUGAUUCGAAUACUUGA